AUGGUUUUCUCGAAUAUUUUUCUUCUUCUUGUUUUUGGAAGUUCGAUUGAAGCCGCUCGAAAUGAUAGUUUCGAAUUUAAAGUGACUCUUCAUUGUUGUUGUCAGUUUGAUGUGAAAUUGCAAUUUGUUGAGUCAGAUUCAAUAUUGAGCUUUUCUGAUAAAAUAACAUCUAAACUGAAAAAAUACAACAUAUGUGGCACUCUUGAAACAACAAUGUAUGGAUUGAUGGAUGGCGAUGGCCCGGGAGACAGUGAAUACGAAAUAGUUGCCGAAAUCGAUCUAAACUGUACUCCAAAUAGAAAUUGGGUUCGAAAUCUACGUUGGUUGAAACCAUAUUGUCAUUGGUUUAAUUAUACGUUAACAGAUAAAGAUGACUUGUAUCUUACAAGUGGAGCUCACAAUACAAAGGUUCCUGUUUUACGACAUGUAGAACUGAAUUAA